AUGAAACUUGGCGAUAUUACCGACUUUUACAACAAUGAAGGGUUCUGUGGGAUGAAAUGGGAUAAAGCAAAUAAGUCGACUGAAUUCGAUGUUCCUUCAAUAAGCACUGCACUUGAAGAACACCUCAUUUUUGUCCUCAGAGCGAACGUUCUUUGUUUCAAGUUGGUAGAUCUCGAAGGCAGCGAUAUGGAAGUUGUUACGCGCGUACUGCGCCGAUCAAAAUCGAAAGUUAGUCAUCUGCAAUUAGUUGUGAAUAGGAUGAUCUCCCAAGAAAUCGUGUCGCUCAUUGAUGCCACAGGCGCUGAGACUAUUGACAUAGUGUUGCGAGACAGCAAUUUCUUCCAAAAUCUUCCUUUCCAAAGCCAUGUGCUUCGAAAGGCAUGGUCUGUCACGGUGCGAUCUUCUAGUGCAGAUGGACGUGAUCUGUUAGACAUCAGUGAUGAAGACCUUCUUUCGCUUGAUGCAGAUUCCAUCGAACUGUUUGGAGUAACUAAUAUAUCAGUUCAUGGAGCGCGAAAACUUAUCCAUCAAUGGUUACAUGGUGGAAGGAAAAUCUCGUUGGUGUACUAUAGACACUCUGAAGACUAUCAAGCGACAGAGUUAUUACGUGGAAUUCCGCAUAAGAGUGAAGCUUUGCCAAUAGUCAUUACUCGGACCAAUAGUGACGAAGAGCUGAAAGUAACGUGGGAUUCGUCAAAAUUCCGUUGCUUUACAGACGAGGCUGACAAUGAAGCAGAUGAUGAGUAUCCGGAUCUAAUCAUUUGGUCGUCCUGGAGACAACGAUGGUUGAUGACGGAAGAAUUCCUCGGAUCAAUGUGGAUGACAGAUUCUUGGCUGGAGUGUUUUGCCAAGUUCUGCAUUCGUAAUGAACCGUGCGUUCUGUCGGAGGCAUUCACAGCUGACUGGCCGGCUCGUCAAUUAUGGGUUCGCGAAGAUGGCACACCGAAUUUGGAUUUUCUUCGCAAGUGUUAUGGUGCUGAAGCGGUUCCUGUCACUGCAGAAGAUCAGUGUGACCCGCAAGAAAUGACCUUUUCGGAUUUUUGCGACUACUGCAAGGAUCCAAGUUUAGCUGGUGACUCAUCGCCUCGAUACGUGAAGGAUUGGCAUUUCCAGAAAAGAUGCGGAGUGAAAAUGUAUCACGUGCCGGCGAUGCUAUCAAGUGAUUGGGUGAAUCGUGAAGAGUGGACCGACGACGAAGAGAAUCCUUUUCGUGGUGACUAUCGAUUCGUCUACUUUGGAGUGAAAGAUUCCUGGACGAAGUUCCAUUCGGAUGUGAUGUCGUCACAUAGCUGGUCAGCAAAUAUUUGCGGACGGAAACUAUGGUAUUUUGUUCCUCCUAGCAAAGAGAAUCUUUUCAUGCAGAACAAAAAAAUUGUCGAAGAUAUCAGACCGUAUCAGGAUUUAUGGGAGGAGGCAGAUGUGAUAACCUUAGUUCAGAAUCCUGGAGAAAUUGUUUUUGUUCCGACGAACUGGUAUCAUCAAGUCCACAACCUUGAAGAUGCCCUGUCAAUCAAUCACAAUUCACUCAAUGCGUCGAAUAUCUUCCUGGUUUACAAAUUUCUCCGCCGCCACCUGAAACUGGUCAAGGCGGAGAUUGGUCACUUGUCGAAUUUAUUUUCAAAGCAGGAGAUGGUGGAACAAGAACAGUUUGUGCUUGGCGCCGAUGCCCGACUAAAUAUGCCGCGACUUCGACGCCUUCUCCAACUGGUAAUUUCUGAUCGUUCUCAAGGCUCAAUGGCUGUCUGCUAUGUGUGUCCUCGUCAUGGCAGCCCAAAGGAAUGCGCUAAGGACUCCGAAUGUCUGAAGCGAUUUGGCUCACAAUGCAGGUGCACCACGGAAAAAUGUGGAAUUUGUGAUUCUUUCAUGAAAUCUUUCGAACUCUCCAUAGCGAUAUCAUUAUUAGAGAAGCUGACCUCAGACGGAUUUUGA